AUGGAUCUUACUGAGAUGUCUCAAUGUUUGAAAAUAUAUGAUAAUGUUGUAGGCUCCUCAAUAGGUCAAUUUGUCGAAAAGAGUUUCAAAAAUGCUCCUCCGAAUUCUAAAUUUGCAACGUUAUUUAAUGGUUGCAGAGAAGCUCUUAAAAGAGGCGACUUUAAAUCAUCUCAACAGUGGUUGGAUGCUCUUACCAUUUCUUUCAACGAUUGUAUUCGUGCUAUUGGUGAAAAUACCGAACUCGGCUGCAGCCUUGCGACAUUAUUACAGCAAAUCGACGACCAAAUUAAAUCAAGACGUUUACUUUCGAAUAAGAUGAUAAUGGAUAUGAUUACUAAAGCAAGUGACAAACUUCACGAAAUGAUGCCUCAUUUUCCUGACAAUUUGAGAGAUUUUCAGGAACUUAUGAAGGCUGACCAUCUUGAGCAAAUAAGACCAAUUUUGGAUAUUCCAAAGCUUGAAGCUCCUCAGCUUACUCAAGAUGAUUUAGAUUUAACAGUUUCGCGCCUCAGAAGCCUCGAUUCAGACAGGCAUGUUACAAACGUUAUGGAUAUCCUCCAAAGAUACGAAAUUUACAUUUGUCAAGAUUCUGAAGAUGAUAUUACCGUUGAUUUAGAUUAUAUCGAUCCACUUACCACUAAAAAGAUACAAGAUUUUCUUGAUAACAACGUUUAA